CACUCAUUCACAUAACAUUAAUGAUGAAAUUUUUUUUGGGUUUGUGAAAUUUUUUUGACUUGCAACAAAGCACUGUCUCCUUGUCCCUCUCCUGAUCUCAUCAUCUCUUCCCUCUUCUCAACCCAAACCCACACAAACCAAAGCAUCAAAACAUAACCUUUCCAUUUCAUAAUACAAGAGUUGCUCUCUCUUCAUCAUCAUCAUCAUCUUCUUUCUUCACUUCCUUCCUUGUCCCGAACCUCAAAUCCGACCCCUUUUUUCCAUUACUUCAAAUUUCGAAGCUUGAAGAAGGUUUCUGUUUUGAUUCUGGGCUCUUGUGCGGAUCAACUCACUCUCUACCAAUUGCCUCAACUGUGGUUUUAGCUUUUUGUGCCAUGGAUGGUAUUCAUGGGGGUGAUUCUCGGAUACACAUGAGUGAGGGACAGCAUCCUAUGCAUGUGCCAUACGUGCAAGAACACGAGCAUCAUGGAUUGCAUCAUAUGAGUAACGGGAAUGGGAUGGAAGAUGAUCAGAAUAAUGGUGAUGAUACUAACUGCGGUGGAAGUGAGAGUGUUGAAGGUGAAAUCCCUUCUAAUCAUGGAAACCUCCCUGAGAAUCACACGGCGAUGAUCGAUCAAGGGGGUGAUGUUGGGGAUCAACUUACAUUGUCUUUUCAGGGCCAAGUUUAUGUAUUUGACUCUGUGUCGCCGGAAAAGGUUCAAGCUGUACUACUACUAUUGGGAGGCCGUGAAGUACCUCCAACUAUGCCUGCCAUGCCAAUAUUGCCCCACCAAAGUAAUCAGGGAUUUACUGGUACUCCACAAAAGUUUAGCGUCCCUCAAAGAUUAGCCUCAUUGCUAAGAUUUCGUGAAAAAAGGAAAGAAAGAAAUUUUGACAAAAAAAUUCGCUAUACUGUUCGUAAAGAAGUAGCAUUAAGGAUGCAAAGAAAUAAAGGUCAGUUUACAUCUUCUAAGCCCAAUCAUGAUGAAUCUGCAUCAGGUGCAGCAAACUGGGGGGCAAAUGAAAGCUGGUCAUCAGAUAAUAAUGGAUCCCAACAAGAUAUCGUUUGUCGGCACUGCGGUAUUAGUGAGAAGUGCACACCGAUGAUGCGACGUGGACCUGAAGGGCCAAGAACACUCUGCAAUGCUUGUGGACUUAUGUGGGCAAAUAAGGGAACUCUUAGGGACCUAUCGAGAGCUGCGUCCAUGGCUGGACAUAAUUCUCAGUUAAACAAGAAUGAGAAUAAAGAUUUUGAGGCCAAUCAGAUGGUACAAACAGUGGCAGCUGAUGUUGAGGAUUCUUCAUGACAGGCCUUCUAUAUUUUGGUCCCAUUUCCAUGGAAUAAGGGUGAGAAGAGUGUUUGCUUUAGGAUGAGAAGAUGAGAAUUAUUAGUCCUUUUUAUUUUGGUUGGAAAA